CUAUGUGUCUCUGAUGUUUCCUCUUUAUCUGCUCUUCUCUUGUAUUUGUUACUAGCAGCCGAGAAUGAGAGGAAGAGGAUGGAACCGGGGAAACUACCCAGGCAACAACAACAACAACAACAACCCUCCCAAUAUGGGCGGCCCUUCACGGCCCCCGGAUGAGGAGUGGGACCCUGAAUACACCCCCAAGAGUCGGAAAUACUUCCAGCACGACGACCGGGACAAGGAAGGGGAGAUGAAGUGGGUGGACACUCGGGGGCGCGGCAGAGGAAAUUACCCACGUGGCAGGGGCACCUUCUUGGUUCGCAAGAGCGGCGGCAGCCCCAAGUGGACCCACGACAUGUUCCAGGGCAACGCUGAAGAGGGAGAAAUUGAAGAUGGAGGCGCAGAGCACAAAGAUGAUGACAAGUCUGGGGAAAACACAGCUUCCAAGCCAUAGACUGAUUCGUAUCCAUUUGUGUCUGUUUUUCUCUACUGUCUCUAACUCUGUGAGCCCUCGUGAAAAAUGCAUCUUUGUGUGUUCAGAUGUUGGACUGUAGAACCCCAAAUGGUAGAGCCAUGUCAUUUAUAGCAACAAACCAUCUGCUAUUAUUUUUCAGUUUUUUUUUUUUGUUUUGUUUUUCUUUCUCAUUUUUGGGGUUGCGGGGGGUGAUUGAAAAUAUAAAUUCUGCCAUUUGGUGGCUAAAAUUAAUUGAUUUUCAUUUAAAAAGUGCAAUAAAUCUGUGCACUUGUGCCUUAGAUUUAACUGUAGUUUUAUGAUUCCUUUUUUACUUUUUAUUUGAUUUUUGAUUUUUCCAGUAGAUUUCCCCUUUUCUGUUUAGAAGUGCAUGUAAAUUCAUUUAUACAUGCUGCAAUCUUUUAUAUUUCUUCUCUUUUGGUGUAUGGUUCAGUCUCAUUGGCGCAUAUCCCUUGUGGACCAAUACACUGUGUACUGGGCCGAUUUUCUCCAGAAAAUUGUCUGUUAAAAAUGUAAAGAUUCAUUCUUCCUAACCAAUUGGCUCUCAGUUAUAUUUAACAUCCGAUUUAGUUAAUUUUCUUCCCUUAAAUUAUGCCACUGACUAAAAAAAUUGUCCACUUACUUUGUGAAGUGUAAUUAAAAAGGUUUUUUUUCCUGUUUUGAGCAACAAAAAAAAUUGUCAUAAGUUUUAGAUUGUCAUUCAUCAGAUUUUAAAGUGUAGAUAAUAAUAGAACAUGCAAGACGAAGCUUAUGAUGCAUUUAUUGCAUUGUUGUGUUAAACUAUCAAACAAAUUGUAAAAUAGUUCAUGCUGCAUGUUUAGAUCAUGUAGUUUUUCUUCCAUUGAUCU